AAACAGAAACUGUAAAAGAGGUUGACUUCCGCUUGCAGCAGCAGCAGGAUUCCACUGACAUCUAAAAUCGGUGAUUGGGAGAGGAUUUCGUUGUUAGCGGCGCAUGCUUAAUAUGGCCGCUUACUCAUGACAUGUGGAGAGAGAGCAUUUAAUUGGAUAUUCAAACUAUGGCAAAAGAUCGAGAUAAAUUCAUUCAAAAUGAGUUACAGAUUGUUGAAAAGGAAUGGUCUCGUAUGGAAGGAUUCCAGUUACACACUUGUCUGGAGGCAUUGGUUGCGAUUACUAUAAAGAAAACUUCAUUCAAGUGUUUGUUAAUGCGUAUGCAAUUUCCUGUCAACUAUCCUCAAGAGGCAGUUAUUAUUGAACUGAGCAGCAAAACUUUGUCAGAUAAACUACUUGAUGGCCUCCAGAAAGUAUGUGAUGAAGAAAGUAAAAAAUAUUUAAAUCAACCCCAGGUGGGGAAUAUGAUAAACUUUGUAAGUCGCUUCCUGGAUGAGAACAACUUAUGCGUGUGCAGUAAUGAAAUAUCAGAAAUCAAACGCAACAUGCUUGAGGAAUGUGAUGAAAUUAAACUUCGGCAGAAAGCUUCUCAAAUUAUCAUUAAAGCUCAGCAAGAGAAUUACUUUCUUCAUUUCAAAGUUUCUGUCCCAAUAGACUAUCCUAAAACUCAGGUUGGCAUAGAUUUUGUGGAAUAUAAUUUUCCUGAACUCCUAAAAUUAAAUUUUUUGGCUCAAGCAACUGAAUAUGCUCGGCAGUGUGUACAGCCACCCCUCCGGAAGAAACCAAAUGAUCCCCCUUUCCAAGCAAAACCGUCCUUAUUACCUAUAUGUAAAUUCCUUAUUGUUGACUGUGUGAAAAACUAUCCCUUACAAAAGUGUCCUAUUUGCUGUGAACAUGUUCUUCCAAAAGGUCCAGUUAAAGAAUGUUCAAGAGAUAAACAAGUUGAGCGUGUUUAUUGUGGCCAUUUAUAUCAUCAUUCUUGUUUGGCAACUUAUAUGAAAACACCUCCAUUUAUAGGUGGGAAAAAAUGCCCCACAUGCAAGCAAAGAAUUUUUCAUGAAAAGUGGAAAAUCACUCCAGAGUUGGCUGAAGCUCGUUGGGCUCAUAAACAAGCUAGAGAACGUGAACUCGAUGAAGUAAAAGAUUUCAUGGCUUGACUGGUUGCUGUUGUUCAUUUUCGAGAAAGAUCUCAUAUUUUAAUACAAAAUCUUGUCUGUAUGCCUGUGGGAGUGUAUGUUUGUGUGUCUGUGUGCAUGCACAUAUCCAUUCCAUUCAGCUCACAUCGGUCAAAAGCUUUAUUUAAUUCACUACCAGCCUUCUAUAUAAAAAAAAAAAAGAAACUUUCCCUUCUCAAACUUGUUUUUUCAUCCUAUAGAAUUUAUAAUCAAACGGAAUUUUCAAUUAAAUAUUUGUUGAACACUGUUA